AUGACCACAGCUACCGAAGUUCGAAGGCGACAUUUCAAUAGUUACACGCUUCUCGUUGUCUUCGCCAUUUCUCUCACUAGCUUAGGAUAUGGCUACACGGGUGCUGUCAUCGGCACCAUCUCUGGACAACCUUCCUUCUUCAAAUACAUGGGGUUGGACACCGCACCAAAUGCCACCCAGCUACUUGGUGCUAUCAACGCUAUGUACUACGUCGGUGGAGUUCUCGGUACCUUCUACGCAGGCUAUGCCGCGGAUCGCUGGGGACGACGCAACGCGUCGGUCCAAGCCCAAAUUAUACUCGCCAUUUCCUCUGCGCUCCAGGCUGGUUCCGUCCAUAUCGCCAUGUUCAUAGUUUCUCGGUUUAUUUGCGGUUUUGGUGGAUACACGGUACUAUGCGUCACUCCCAUGUGGCUCGCGGAAUUGGUACCACCAGGCCAAAGAGGUAUGCUAAUGGAGAUCGCCACGGUCUUGAUGAUCCUUGGGUAUUUUACAGCUUCCUGGGUUGGAUAUGGGUUUUUCUUCUAUUCCGGGUCCAUACCGGCAUUCCGUCCCAUUCUCGCCUUUGGAUGCAUCGUCCCCAUCAUAUUCGUGUGCAUCAGUUACUGGACUGUUGAAAGUCCAAGAUGGUUGAUCUCUCGUGGCCGCCAUGAGGAGGCACAUAACUUGCUAAAGUCCCUACACAAAAACCCGCAUGAUCUACACGACUCAUUUGCCGAGGCCGAGUACUAUCAGAUUAGACGACAGGCAGAACUAGAUUCGGCUUUGGACUUGUCAUAUAAAGGCAUGUUCGCAACACGUCCCAUGACCAAAAGGACGGUCAUGGCCAUUAUAUGGCCUUUUAUGACUGCGACAUCAGGCAUUUUGGUCAUCUUCAAUUAUGGUCCGCUCCUCUACGAAAGCUUGGGAUAUUCGGCAGAGAAACAAGUACUUUAUCAAGCCGGGUGGACUACACUCAACUGGGCUGCAAACAUUUGCGGAUGCCUGUUCGUGGAUUUAUUCCAGCGGCCGACCUACGCCGCAAUUGGCCUCUUCGGUUGCAUGGCGUGCCUUUGUGUCGAGGCAGCGAUGGUGGCAACCUCGCAGACCUCGCCUACACAGGCGAUACUGGAGUGUGGAGUGGCCAUGAUCUUCCUCUACGGUGUUGCAUACGGAGCAUUCCUGGAUGGCUUGCUGUUCGUAUACGUGGGAGAGAUCUUCCCUACUCCGUACCGCGCGAAGGGAUAUAAUAUUGCGUUAGCCACGCAGGCUCUUAGCAAUAUUGCUUGGACGGGCGCUGCUCCUACCGCGUUCGCUGAGAUUGGAUGGCGUUACUAUCUGCCGUUUAUAAUUCUAUCAGCGAUCAAUGUGGUCAUAAUCUGCAUCUGGUUCCCAAACACGAGACACUUAGCGCUUGAGGAGGUGGCUGCUAUCUUUGGAGAUGGUGACAGGGUUGCUGUUUACCAAAGUCAGAUACAAGGUACCAAUCUUGUCAACAUCGAAAGUGAUCAACCAGCUGGGUCAAAAGCGAAUAGCGUCUCUGCCGAACACAAGGAUUAUGUAACUACGGAGGUGGAAGGGCCAGUCUAA